GUCUGUUUCCGGAGGCUUCCGGCGGCAGUAGGCGGGCCUGACGUGAAGAGCGACGCCGAGGGUGCUGCUCAGUCAGCCCUGAGUUAGCUCGGGUGUUUUGGCAAUGGGGUUGCAGGAGUUGUGCAGACUCAUGUCGAGGUUUAAUUCAUAUAAAAGGACUAAUAUCAUACUGCAGCAUUUGAAAAUGUCUAAUCACACAGAUGCAGCAGCAGAAGUCCUGUUGGAAAGAAAAGGUUGUGCAGGAGUGAUAACACUAAACAGACCCAGGUUUCUGAAUACCCUGAGUCUUGGUAUGAUUCGGCAGAUUUACCCACAGCUGAAGAAGUGGGAACAAGAUCCGAAAACUUUCCUGAUCAUCAUAAAGGGAGCUGGUGGAAAGGCUUUCUGUGCUGGAGGUGAUAUCAGAGCACUUUCAGAAGCUAGAAAUACAAACCAGAAAAUGCUUCAAGAUUUUUUCCGAGAGGAAUAUAUUCUGAACAACGCCAUUGAUUCUUGCCAGAAACCAUAUAUUGCACUUAUUCAUGGAAUUACAAUGGGUGGGGGAGUCGGCAUCUCAGUUCAUGGGCAAUUCCGAGUGGCUACCGAAAAGUCUGUUUUUGCGAUGCCAGAAACAGCAAUAGGGCUAUUCCCUGAUGUGGGUGGAGGUUAUUUCUUGCCACGACUUCAAGGAAAACUUGGGUACUUCCUUGCAUUAACAGGAUUCAGGCUGAAAGGAAGAGAUGUGUACACAGCAGGAAUUGCUACACACUUUGUAGAUUCUGAAAAGUUGGGCAUGCUAGAAGAAGAUUUGUUAGCCCUGAAAUCUCCUUCAAAAGAAAAUAUUGCAGAUGUCUUAGAAACUUACCAUGCAAAGUCAAAGACUGAUCAAGGCAAGCCUUUUAUACUCGAGGAACACGUGGACAAAAUAAACAGUUGGUUCUCAGCUAAUACUGUGGAACAGAUUGUUGACAAUUUACAGCAAGACGGCUCAUCUUUUGCCCUGGAGCAGCUGCAGGUAAUUAAUAAAAUGUCUCCAACUUCACUAAAGAUCACACUAAGGCAACUCAUGGAAGGGUCUUCAAAGACCUUGCCAGAAGUAUUAAUUAUGGAAUAUCGGCUGAGUCAAGCUUGUAUGAAAGGCCAUGACUUUCAUGAAGGCGUUAGGGCAGAAAACUUCCCCAAAAAGCCAAAUUUAUGAAAAUAGUAUAGUAUAUGGCUGUAAAUGCCCCCAUGGGCUUUUUUACCAGUAAAAAUAUACAUGUGAGUAUUCCCUUUAGAGGAGUAUUUGAUCUUUUGUAAUAACUAUAAAUCUCAUGCAUAAUCCGAAUAGUAAUCUGAAUGGUGCCUGUCCAUGUACCAGUCCCUUAUAUCUGUGAGACAGUAAAACUUAACACACAUGCAGCACUGAGACCGGGUUCUUCUUCCUACCUCGCCAGCUAGAGUUUCUGUUACUUUAGUUUUUUGGCUUGCUGUUUAUAAAAGCUAUGCAUGCUUGUUUUCUUAUACAGUAAUAUCACUGGGCUACCUAAUUCAAUGCAGGAAACAUUUUCAUGACGUCUAUAAAUUGUAUCUCGUUAAGAUGCUUAUAUGCAAAGUCUGAAUCAUCCAAUAACAGCUCUGAUUAGUUAGGGCCCUGACUAACUAUCCAGGUGAUAGUUAUGCUUUUCAUCUACAAAAGUAAAUAUUUCAUUAAGGACAGGGUUCAUGGUGGACCUCUUCCACAUGGGUUGCUUUCUUAUGUUUGACCAUUUGUGUUAAGGAGGGAUCCAAACCUUGACCCAAAAGGUUUUGACAAACAAACCCAUCGUUAACCACUGUGGCUUGAGUGCCAUUCCCUUACCCAGGCAUUUAACGAAAAAUCCUUUUGUACCUUGCAGGUUUUGUUUAAAUUGACAGUUAUUUUGUAAACCCAAGGUGCUUUUAAAAUUCUUAUUUCUUUGGUGAUGGCAUUACUGCCUCUGGAAGGAAGUGGUGUGACACACAGCUGAUUGAUUCCUGUGGCUCCAGAGCACUUACAUUUAAACCUUUAAUGACUCAAAUCCAAGACCAAGCAGAGAAACUGCUGUUAAUGUAGAACUGCUUAAAACACUUCAUUUUAGGUAUUAGACUCUUGAAGCUAUUGUAAUAUUUUUCUUUACACCCAGAUGAAGUUAUUUGUAUUUAUUCACACCAGUUUCUGCUAUUGUUUCAUGCAUUUAAACUAGCACCAACUUUAUCCACAGUUCAAGAAAGUGUUGUCAUCCUACACAUAGAAUCAAGGCCCUUCACUCUCAAUAUAUGGGAUGUCAUAGUACUUGAGGUUGUUGCCUGCCCACUGCUGCAAGGCAUCACUCAAGAUUUCCUGGGACAGGUGCUGUGCAAAUUCGAAGACCACAAUUUGAGGCCCUGGGGGUUCCUUCACUUCCUCUUUGACAUUAACUAGAGAAGGUAUCCUGGGUAGAAAUUUCUCUUCAGGCAUAAAGUUUUCUUCACUCACAUGCCUCUUCUCACUCUCAAGUGUGGUGGGAAAUGGGAAAGUUUGUUUUGAUUUCAUGCAGCCCAUGUUAUGAAGAGCUCUGACUGAGUGAAGGAAAGCAGUAGCAAAGACUACUUCAAUAGCAUCUUUGGAAAACACCAAGCAUUGUCCACUUGAUACUGACCAGUGUUUUUCCUCUCCAGGACACUUCAGAAAUCAAUAUUCCCUUUCACCAAUCUUCACAUGUAGUGUUUUAUCUGUCAAGAGAAGGUAAAUUUCAUUUUGAAGUGAUAUAAUGCAAAUAGUGCCCAAUUAGGUAGCAAGUAGAAACAAGUCUUUACUACUUUACUAAGGUAUCAACAGCUUUAUCUUAUCAGUAGAAAAGAUAAUCAUUCAAAACUGGCAAUUAAGAAAUAGCAAACAUUUUUUCAAGAUCAUGAAACUUUUAUAAAACUGAAAACAGUCAAACUGUUGUUACCUUAGAUUUUUUUUAUGUACACCAGAGUUCAGCAAACGAUAUAUAGCCUUUGGUUGUAGUUCACCGCAGGGACAAGAACACUGGUGGGCAUAAUCCUGGGGAAAACUCACUGGUAUGAGCUCCUUUGGCCAGGUGAGAUGCUGAGAAAGAUUGAAGGCAGGAGGAGAAGGAGACAACAGAGGAUGAGAUGUUUGGAUGGCAUCACCGACUCAUUGGGCAUGAGUUUUAGCAAACUCGAGAAGAUAGUGAAGGACAGGGAAGCCUGGCAUGCUGCAGUCCAUGGGGUUGCAAAGAGUUGGACACAACUGAAUGACUGAAGAACAACAAUGAGCUCUCCUGGAGGUGGCCAUAGAGAGAAGUGAAGAAGAGAAGUGAAGUUGUUCAGUCGUGUCUGACUCUUUGUGACCCAAUGAACUGCUGCCUGCCAGACUCCUCUGUCCAUGGGAUUUUCCAGGCAAGAAUACUGGAGUGGGUUGCCAUUUCCUUCUCCAGUGGAUUGUCCCAACCCAGGGAUCGAACCCAGGUCUCCUGCAUUGCAGACAGACUCCUUACUGGCUGAGCCACGAGGGAAGUUCAGAGGUGGCCAUUUUCUCCCCCAAACCUGGCCCCACCCCAGACCCUAUAGGCUCCAGUACUGUGAACCCUCAAGGCAAACAACCAACAGGGUAGGAACACAGAGCCACUCAUCAGCAGACAGCUGCCUAAAGUCUUCAUGAGCCCAUAACUGCCAGCUGAACACACCCUUGGAAAUAGCCCUGCCCACCAAUGGACAGGAACUAGUCCCUCCCACCAGGAAGCCUGCACAAGCUCUUAGACUGGCCUUGUGUGCCAGGAGGCAGACAGCAGGAGCAAGAGGAACUACAGCCCUGCAGCUUGUGAAAUGAAAAGGGCAAUCACAGAAAGUCAGACACAGUGAAGAGGGCACAGGAAUAUGUCACAGACAGUGAACAAGAUAAAAGCCCUAAACAACCACCAAGGGAAGUAAAGCUAGGUAGGCUACCCGCAAAUAAAGAAUUCGGAGUAAUGACAGUACAGAUGAUCCAAAGUCUCAGGAAAAGAAUGGAGGCACAGUACAAGAAGAUACAUGUUUAAUAAAGAGCUAGAAGAUCUAGAGAGAUGAACAAUGACAAUAACUGAAAAUACAUGAGAAUAAAUCAUCAGAAUAAAUGGGAAGAAAAAUGGAUAAGUGUGAGUUGGAAGACAGAAUGGUGGGAAUCAAAGAAAGAAAAUACUAAAACAAGGGAAAAGCAACAAAUAAUAUACAAGGCAAUGCCCAUAAAGUUUUUCAGCAGAAACCCUGCAGGCCAGAAGGGCAUGGCACGAUAGGUUUACAGUGAUGAAAGGGAAGAGCCUUCAACCAAGAAUAUUCUACCCAGAAAGUCUCUCCAUUCAGAUUUGACAGAGAAAUCAAAAGUUUUACACACAAAAGCAAAAAGAAUUUGACACUAUCAAACCAGCUUUGCAACACACUAAAGGAACUUCUUUAAGCAGGAAAGAAAAAAAGGCCACCCUAGAAAUGAGAAAACUAUGAAUGGAAAAGCUCAUUGGUAAAGGUAAACAUACAGUAAAGGUAGGAAAUCAUCCGACACAAAUACAAUAUCACAACUAGCAACUGUGAAGAGGGUACAAAUGCAGGAUACUGGAAAUGUAUUUGAGAUUAAAAGACCAGUAACUUAAGACAAUCUUGUUUAUAUAUAGAGUGCUAUAUCAAAACCUCAUGAUAACUGCAAACCAAAUAUCUACAAUAAAUUCACUCACACACACACAAAGGAAUCCAAAUACAGUACUAAAAGUCACAAGAGAAAAAGAACAAGAGGAAGGGGAGGAAACAAAAAAAAUCUACCACAAUUAACAAAAUGGCCAUAAGAACCAUAUAUAUUGAUAAUUACCUAAAUGUAAAUGGAUUAAACAUUCCAACCAAAAGAAAUAUACUGGCUGAAUGGAUUUAAAAAAGCAGGACGUUUAUAUAUGCUGUCUACAGGAAACUCACUUCAGAUUUAGGAACACAUACAGUCUGUAAGUGAGGGGAGGGAAAAAGAUAUUCCAUGCAAAUAGAAAUCAAAAGAAAGCUGGAGGAGCAAUACUUGUCGGAUAAAAAUAGACUAGAAAGACUGUUACAAGAGACAAAGGACACUACAUAAUGAUAAAGGGAUCAAUCCAAGGAGAUAUAACAAGUAUAAACACAUAUGCACCCAAAAUAGUAUUUGCCUUAUAUAUUCAGGUGCUCCUAACAGAUAUAAAAGUAGAAAUUGCCAGUAACAAUAAUAGUGGGAGAUUUUAAUAGCCCACUUUCAUCAACAGACCAGACAGAAAAUCAAUAGGGAAACACAGGCCUUAAGUGACAUAUCAGACUAGAUGGAGAUAAUUGAUAUUUAAAGAGCAUUCUGUUCAAAAGCAGAAUACACACUCUUUUUAAGUGCACAUGGAGCAUUCUCCAGGAUUGAUCACAUGCUGGGCCACAAAGCAAACUUGUUUAGGAAAAUGGAAAUCAUAGCUUUUCUGACCACAACACUAUGAGAUUAGAAAUCAACUACAAGAAAAAACUUGUAAAAAACACAAACACAUGGAGGCUAAACAGUAUGCUACUAAAAAAUCAAUAGAUCACUGAAGAAAUCAGAGAAAAUGCCUAGAGACAAAUGAAAACAAAAGCCACAAUGACCCAAAACCUAUGGGAUGCAGGAAAAGCAGUUCUAAGAGGAAGUUUAUAGCCAUACAAUUUUACAUCAGGAAACAAACCUAACCUUACACCUAGAGCAACUAGAGAAAGAACAAACAAAACCCAGUUAGUAGAAAUCAUAAAAACCAGAGCAGAGAUAAAUGAAAGAGACCAAAAAAAAAGAAAAAGAAAAAAAAAAAUCAAUGGAAAAACAAAGUUGGCUUCCUGAAAAUAUAAAAUUGAUAAACCUUCAGCCAGAUUCACCAAGAAAAAAAGGGAUCAUCUUGAGAUUCUGCCUGGGGCAUCUUCCAGCAUUUAACACCAGAAGGUUGAGUCCAAGCAGAGUGGCAAUUCUGCUGUGUUACAGAGGCAGAGACUGAAAUACUGAAGCAGAUGAAAUUACCAGAGAAUUCAAGAGAAAAAGGAGUUCGGAGGGAGGAAGAAAUUUGCAUGAGGUCUCACUAAAACCAAGCAGGACCCUGCAGGGCCUUCCUCGGGAGAGACACGUGGGUCCUCUGCCUUUUCUAAGGCCUUCUCUGAGUUCCAAAGAACAAAUGCAGAAACGAAAACAGUCAAGCAAGACAAAAUAAUAAUAGCCAUGAAAAAAAGUCAAGGAUCUUUAGUUCCUCUUCAAGUGCUAUAGAUAAUACCUUGAGCCAUAUUCUUGCUUUGCAGAUACUAAAACCACCAGGUGAAGGAAGUUAACUGUCUGCUAACCACCAGCAUGCAGACCCCAGGCUGGCUGGAACCAGAAGGUUGAUGAUAUUAACUCCAAAGUGCCACCUAGUUACCUCACCACUAACCAAUUAGAAGGAUGUCCAUGAGGUGAUCACACAUCCCUAGACCGUCUCCCUCACCCUGCCUUAAAAAAAAAAACAAAAAAAAAAACCUUGAAGAAUAUAUAC